UCCUUGACGUACGACCACAAUUGAGCCCAAAAUUUCUGUUGUUAAGUGAGACAUUCGUUAAGGGAGUUUUGCCCCAUUUUACCACUUUUCUUGCCACAGUUGUUAAAUGAAUCACUGCAGUUAGUAACAUGGUUGAUGGUUGAAUCUGGCUUCCCCAGUGACUUUGCUGUGCAGAGGGUCACAAAAAGGGAUCACAUGACACACACACCCCCUCCCUGGGACACCGCAUAGAUAUGAACCAGUUGCCAAGCAUCUGAAUUUUGAUCAUAGGAUCUUGGGGAUUCUGCAAUGGUCAUAAGUCACUUUUUUUCAGUGCGGUUGUAACUUUGGACGGUCACUAAAUGAACUGUUGUAAAUCAAGGACUACCUGUACAUUAUAGAUACAUCUUCAUAUGUCAUUCAUUUAAAUACUAUUUGAUUAUAUUUAUAAACACAGAGAAGAGCAACAAAGAUGAUUAGGGGACUGGAGGCUAAAACAUAUGAAGAACGGUUGCAGGAACUGGGUAUGUCUAGUUUAAUAAAAAGAAGGACUAGGGGAGACAUGAUAGCAGUCUUCCAAUAUUAUUAUUAUUAUUAUUUAUUAAAUGUUUAUACCGCCCUUCUCCCGAAGGACUCAGGGCGGUAUCUCAGGGGUUGCCACAAAGAAGAGGGAGUUGGGCUGUUCUCCAAAGCACCUGAGGGUAGAACAAGAAGCAAUGGAUGGAAACUGAUCAAAGAAAGAAGCAACUUAGAACUAAGGAGAAAUUUCCUGACAGUUAGAACAAUUAAUAAGUGGAACGACUUGCCUGCAGAAGUUGUGAAUGCUCCAACACUGGAAAUUUUUAAGAAAAUGUUGGAUAACCAUCUGACUGAGAAAGUGUAGGGUUUCCUGCCUGGGCAGGGGGUUGGACUAGAAGGCCUCCAAGGUCCCUUCCAACUCUGUUGUUAUAUAUAUUAUAUAUAUUAUACAACAUGGACAAAGACAUAACACACAGGCACAUACAUACAUAUCCAUAUAUAAUAAAACACGAUAGUCCAGUAUCUCUCGUUGCGUUUUAGUAACAUUUCAUGAGCCGUGGUGGCGCAGUGGUUAGAGUGCAAUACUGCAGGCUACUUCUGCUGGCUGCUGGCUGCAAUUCGGCAGUUCAGUUCUCACCGGCUCAAGGUUGACUCCUUCCGGAGUCCAUAAAAGAAGUACCCAGAUUGUUGGAGGCAAUACGUUGACUCUGUAAACCGCUUAGAGACCGUUGUCAAGCACUGUGAAGUGGUAUAUAAGUUUAAGUGCUAUUGCUGUUGCUAUCUCUCUGGGACAUUUGAGUCAGUGUUGACUCCUGACAACUAGUUCAUUCCUUGCAAGAUUUUGCCAUUGCCUCCUUCUUAUUGGCCCAAGGUCACCCAGCUGGCUUUGUGCUUAGGGCAGGACUAGAACUCAGGGUCUGCUGGUUUCCAGCCUGGUGCAUUAAACAUUCCACCAAACUAGCAUUCUCUGGGAUUUCUAGUUUUUUAAAUAAAACAAAACUCCUUGCGCAUUAAGAAUGCUUGUAUAUAUGACUGUUUUUCAAACCUAUAUUGGUUGGCUAUUAAAUAUGUUGCUUCUCUCAUUCUUUUCCAUGUAUUCUACACUGAUGGAUUCUGAUGAAUUACCUAUCGGAUUCCUGUAAUUGGCUCCAUAUUUUUGGGGGAAACAUGACAACUGAAAAGAGUUUAGUGGCAGAGUCUGAGACUCCUAAACAGCAGCCCCCAAAGGAGGAGGCAGUAGUUGCUGAAACUGAUCCCCAGGAAUCUAUUGUGGAGAAAGCACCCGAGGGGGAUAAUCCAUCCAAGAAGAAGCUGAAAGCAUCCAAUGGUGACACACCCACCCGAGAGGACCAGAGUAAGAACAAAGAAUGCAGUUCUGAAACUCGUGGCCUGUCGCGCUUAUUUUCAUCACUGCUCAAGAGGCCCAAAUCUCAGGUAUCGGAGGAAGAAGGCAACGGGGCAGGAACAAAAGAACUUGGUGAAGAACACCAGAAAGAGACUGAUAUAGAAGCUGAUCUCAAUGAAGAGAUUUUGCUGAAAGCCCCAAUAGCAGCUCCUGAACCUGAACUUAGGACUGAUCCGUCUUUAGAUCUUCACUCACUCAGCAGUGCAGAAACUCAGCCUGCUCAAGAGGAUAGGAGAGAAGAUCAGGACCAAGAUCCAGAGAACAUAGAUCUUGAAAUUAAGGAAGAAAAAGAGCAGGUGGAGUGUUCCAAUACAGGUGAAAAAAAAGAAAACAAGGGAAAGGUGGAAAAAGAAUUAAAAAGUGCUCCCAAAACUGUAAGAAGACCCCGAAAUAGCAUGCAUUGCAAGAUUACCUUACUGGAUGAUGCAAUUUUUGAGUGUUCUGUGGAUAAACAUGCCAAAGGACAAGAUCUUCUUAAGAAAGUAUGUGAUCACCUCAACCUUUUGGAAGAGGACUAUUUUGGACUGGCCAUAUGGGAUACCCCAACGUCUAAGACAUGGUUGGAUGCUGCCAAAGAGAUAAAAAAACAAGUUCAUGGAGGUCCAUGGAUUUUCACUUUCAAUGUCAAGUUUUAUCCUCCAGACCCAGCACAAUUAACAGAAGAUAUAACAAGGUAUUAUUUGUGUCUCCAGCUAAGAAAAGAUAUUAUUAAUGGGCGGCUUCCUUGCUCCUUUGCUACGUUAGCUUUGCUGGGUUCCUACACAAUCCAAUCUGAGUUAGGAGACUAUGAUACAGAUCUACAUGGUGCAGAUUAUGUCAGUGAAUUUAAACUGGCCCCAAACCAAACAAAAGAACUAGAAGACAAGAUCACAGAAUUACAUAAAACAUACAAAUCUAUGAGUCCAGCUCAGGCUGAUAUGGAAUUUCUUGAGAAUGCUAAAAAGCUGUCGAUGUAUGGAGUUGAUCUUCAUCAAGCCAAGGACUUGGAAGGUGUAGACAUCACUCUAGGAGUCUGUUCCAGUGGUCUUCUUGUCUACAAAGAUAAAUUGAGAAUCAACCGUUUUCCUUGGCCCAAAGUGUUAAAGAUUUCUUACAAGCGCAGCAGCUUUUUCAUCAAGAUCCGGCCUGGCGAGCAUGAACAGUAUGAAAGUACUAUUGGAUUCAAACUUCCUAGUUAUCGAGCAGCUAAGAAAUUGUGGAAAGUCUGUGUUGAACACCAUACAUUUUUCAGAUUAACAUCAACUGAAGCACUCCCCAAGAGCAGAUUCUUGGUGCUGGGUUCUAAAUUUCGCUACAGUGGCCGGACACAAGCUCAGACCAGGCAAGCUAGUGCCCUGAUAGAUAGGCCUGCACCACAGUUUGAACGAACAGCAAGUAAACGUGCUUCUAGAAGCCUUGAUGGUGCUAAACGUGGCUCUCAAAAAAUUCAGUUCAAACUCGUAGAGGAGGAGAAGCAGGAGGAUGUGGUGUUGGUUGGGGUUCCGGAAUCAGAACCCGUGGAACAAUUUCAGGAGAAGCCAGCAGUAGCAGUGGUUACACCUGAUAGAAGCCCACGGCCUACAUCUGCACCAGCUAUUGCUCAGAGCCAUGUUACUGAGCCAACUGUACCAGCUGCAUCUGUCAGCAAAGAACCAGCAGUUCUUAAAACUGAAAAGGAAACAGUAAAAAAAGAAGUAAAACUUGAAGGAACUUUGCAAGAUAAAGCCAAAGCAGAACCAGCUGAAGGAUUUCAGCAGCGUGCAGAAAAAGAGGAAGACCCGAUAAGAAUGAGGAAGAAAAGAUCAAAGAGACUAGAUGGUGAAAACAUUUAUAUAAGACAUAGCAAUUUAAUGUUGGAGGAUCUAGAUAAAACCCAAGAAGAAAUAAAGAAGCAUCAUGCUAACAUCAGUGAACUGAAGAAAAACUUCAUGGAAUCAGUUCCUGAGCCACGGCCAAGUGAAUGGGACAAACGCCUCUCUACUCAUUCUCCGUUCAGAACGCUUAACAUCAAUGGACAGAUUCCCACAGGAGUAGAAGGAGUCAAGAAAGCCACAUUUCAGCCCUGUGAGAGACAGGUCGCUGGGCCAGAGAGUGUGCGUGACAGUCCCUUCAAAGAGGAUGCAGAUGAUGUGACAGAGGGGAAAAAUAUUGCCUCUCACUUUGAAUGGGAGGUUUCAAAGCAUUCAGUAGGCUUUAGUGAGAGCCAAAUGUCAACCAUACUGGCGUCUACACAAAUUCAUGAAUCAGACUCUUUUUCAAUAAGCAGCAAGGAGCAGAAAGAGGAGGGUGCCACUGCUCUUCCUGAGAGCAAGGAAGAUCUAAGGUGUGAAAAGGGAUUUUGCUCAAAUAUGGAAAAGGAAGCUGAGGAUCCUAAACAGGCUGAGGUGGAAAUAUCUGUAAUCUCUGUUUCACCUCCAUUGUACCUCCAUGAGCAAGAGGAGGAAGCCUGUGGUGUUGAAGAAACAAAAUUUACCAGCAAGCCACUUAGAGAGCUAAAUGGAGAAUAUUACAAUCCAAAUGUUGAUCAUGAAUUUCCUGCUCUCAUUCGCUGUUUCCAGCCCCCCCUUGUGAAAACUCAGACCGUUACCAUCUCUGAUGUGUCUAAUACUGUGAAAAGUGAAAUUCCAACUAAAGACGUUCCAAUUGUCCACACAGAGACCAAGACUAUAACUUAUGAAGCUGCACAGAUUGAUGAUGGUAGUGGGGAUUUAGAUCCCGGAGUUCUCCUAACUGCUCAGACUAUCACUUCAGAGACCACCAGCAGCACUACGACCACACAGAUAACGAAGACUGUAAAAGGUGGAAUUUCAGAAACACGAAUUGAAAAACGAAUUGUCAUCACAGGAGAUACAGACAUUGAUCAUGAUCAAGUUCUUGUUCAGGCCAUCAAAGAAGCUAAAGAGCAACAUCCAGAUAUGUCUGUGACCAAGGUUGUCGUUCAUCAGGAGACUGAGAUUGCAGAAUAAAUAGUUUAUACCAGGUGAUGCCUGCUUCAUUCUUUGAAGGCCACCCAAGACAUACCAGCAGAACUACAAAGGAACUUUCGAACACCAUGACCUCAAACUUGCCAGAUUUAUUCUCAAUCACACAUUCUAUCAUUUAUUGUUAGGAAGUUAUGCUUUUUGAUGUUUACUUGGGAUUACCUUUAAUACUAUAUGUCCCUUUUCAUUGUUUUUAAUAUUGUGACCGAAAAUUUGCCAUAUUUUACAUGUGCUGAUGUGCUUUUUUAAAAAAAAUCUUUUUUUUUUCCAUUUCCUUUUCCUAUGCCAUUUUCUGAAUCUGUAUUAAGAUGUUAAAAAGAGUACACAGGGCUUAUCAAAAAUGUUGCCUUUAAGUAUGAUGAUAUUCACCUUUCUGUUCCUCAAGUAGCUUGCAUUCUCUCCUCCCUUUUGAAUAGGUUACGAUGUGGCAUAUCAGUGAAUUAGAAGUAGCCACCCUUGUCAGAAAAAUCACUGUGCAAAACUUUUAAUUUGAUUGGUUGAUCUAUAAAAUGUCCAGAGUAUCCUAACCACAGCAUACUUGGCCUGUGGAUUUCCUUUGCUUUUGUGGAUAUGUCUGUCUUUAGAUGCUUGAACAUAUCCGGAGGUUGUGGUGUUUAUAUAAGUAAUUCAGUAGUUGCCUAGGUUCAGGGACAAUGGAAGUUGCUUUUUUAUACUGUGAAUUGUAAAGCUUUUAAAUGAAUUGUGGUAAGGCAUUCAACUCUCAUCUGCUCUUUUCUCCCUCCACCUUUGUUUUACUUCACAGUCCUUGGUAGGUGUUCCUUGUAAUCCUAUCUGCUGUUUAGCCCCAUUAAGCUAUGAGUUUAAGAGUAAGAGACCCUGAGCACAAUUAAGUUAGGCUGUGAUUUUAUCAUGGUGUUUUGUUUUGUUUUUUAACCCCAUAGUCAUUUGUAAGUUUGGGUGGAGGGUUUUGUUUUUUUGUGCAAGGGGUGGGGGCAAGAGGCAAAUAAAGAUUUAAAAUCAUACCUUUUAAACAAAAGCUAAAUUUAGAGCUCUGGCAAUGUAUCUGGAUAAGGGGUGUAAUUCCUAUUCAGUUGUUAAAGACAAUCUGGCAUUCCUUUCAUGAAGAUGGUAUCGAAGGCUAUCAGUCAGAAUAGGGUCUUGUUUCCUCAGUGAAAAGUUAUUUGGAGAGGGAAUAUAUUAAUUUCCAUCAGAAGACAGUACUCUGUCGUUUUUCUGCUGUAUCUCUUUCCCAUGUUUCCUUUAGAUUGUUUAGAAUUUCUUAUAAAAGAACUUGCUUUCCCUCAAAAACAACAACAACAACCCAUGAAUAGAGGUUGUUGCACUUGGUAAAUGAUGCCCUUAGCUUUUUCACUGUUAACAUUAGAAUGAAAGAGUAGAACUCAGCAUUGGUUGCUGUCCUCAGCACCUUGAUACUGUAUGUAUUGUCAUCAUAGAAAGUUACAGUACGUACCACCUGGGGAAUAUGUUCAGAGAAACAGCAAUAAGUAAUUUAUGAAAGGGGUCAGUGGGAGUUUUUUUUUAAAAAAAGAAGAUAAUACUGAUUUUACAUUACUUUCAAACAAAAGUCAGAUAGGACUUACUCUUUUUCAAAAUACUUCACUUUUCUAUAUGUAUUGCAAUCUGCAUGUUCAAUUAUUGGACUCCAAUUUGGAUUUCCCAUCUUUCAAAAAUAGAUAGACCAUUACUUAGUUGGAUGGUUCUUUUUUCCUAAAAUAUUUGAAGGCUCUAUAAAGAUACAACAAGAAGCAGCUCUAUCUUUUCUUAGAAGAACUCAAUUUCAGUAAAUAAAAGCUUUCAUUUACUGUUUGGGAUAAUGCUACCCUGUCAUAUUGCAUGUUCCUUUCCCCCUCAAAUGUGAGUGCAUUUUGAUUAAAGAGUCAGUAGGAAUAUUUUAGGAUUGAAAGAUUUAAAGGUAGUGGUGUGUGAAACAUUUUGAAUACAAAACAUCCCAUUUGAGCUUGAAACCACAAUUUUACAUUCAAAAUGAAGUGUUUGUAACAUUUUAGAAGUGUUUUGAAAUGGAAUGCUGUUUGAUCGGUUUUGUUUUAAUACGCUCUGGACAUUACAUCAUGUUUCCAAUGAUUGCUGAUUGAUGCCAGAGGGAAGCCCAUUUGGAAACAGAUCUUCCCCCACCCCCAGGAAAAUAAACAUAGGACUGAGUUGUAAUAGAAUUAUUGAAAGUAAUUGUGAAAGCAGUAGAGUAAGUAAGCUUCCUAACAAUAUUACACUGAACUAGAAUAAACUCUGGGCACUUAAUGUAUUUAUUACAAAACUAGCUAUUUAUUGUGGAAGACAACUGAUUGGUACACUUUGGUGCAAAAUAAUUAAUAUUUCUGCUGCUUUUACUGCUCUUUUAUUCAAGCAUAAAGCAGUUUUGAAAGAAUUCUAUUAUUUAUUAUGGAAUUCUAUUAUUCAUGAAGCAUGUAUUCCAUAUGGUUUCUAAGGACAGGUUUUGCCCUUUCACCAGCUGUAACUGAGCAUGAUUUUUGUACACUAUGAAUAGCUAGCCAGUGAUGUUCUGCUCUGUUUAGCUAACCUACACAUUCUUGCACGGAAUGUGAAUCCCUCAUUAAAAGAUAUUACCUUUACAUGAUGAGGGGAAUGCAUUUCAGAUUGUAUCUCUUCCUGGCCUUCCUUACAUCUAUUGCUCUCCCAUUUUCAGAGUUUUCUACCACCUUACCUUUUAACCUCCAUUUUCAUUCAUGCACCAGGGUUAAUUUCACUGAUUCACCAUUUUUUGUGUUGUGCAAUAGAUGACUCCCAACUUUCCUUUUUCUGAUUUUUAGCUUAUUUAUUAAAAGUGUGAAAUAAAAUCUGCAAUAAGUGUUGCAUUAGACUGCAAUAAGGAAUUCCAAGGUGGGAUGGUAUAUCUGCAUUGUGUCAUUACUUGCCUCGUUUUACAAUAAUCAGAAGCAAAAAAAAUGUUCAUUUAGCAGUUGGUGUAAAUAUUUAGGAUUGUUUUUCUAAAUAUUACUUGGGAAUAUGGUAGUUUCAAGAAAUGCUCAAAAUCACAGGACACACGUAAAUGGAAAAGAUGAAAAAUUUCUAUAAGAUAAAAGGAUAAAGAUUGCAACAAGAGAGCCGUAUUCCUGAGAUAAAGAAAAGUAAGGGUCAUUCAGAUUUACUUUUUUUUUCUUUUUGGUUCUAUAUAUUCAUUAGCAGGGCAAUUUGACCUCAGGAGUUUAAUAAAAGUUCUGCUUUCCUACUCAUGGCCAGGCAUAAGAUCCCCACCUUUCUCUGAGUGUGCCAGAAGAUAAAAGCAUUAUAAAGCAAGAAAAACUUCAUGUUUUUGCACAGUAAGCUGAUUUACAUGAUAUACAUCGGGUUGUCCAACCUUGGCAACUUUAUGACUUGUGAAUUUCAAUUCCCAGAAUUCCAAUCAUGACCGGGGAAUUCUGGGAGUUGAAGUACACAAGUCUUAAAAGUUGCCAAGGUGGGACAUCCCUGAUAAACCUAAAUGAUUGUGCUGUUUUCAUGUUAUAUUACUCUGCUUCUGAUUAUUGUAACAAAAUAUUUAAAGCCCCUUAAGAAUAUGUAUGUACACACCUUCCUCUGACUGGCAGUCUAAUUGUGCAACAAUUCCUGCCAGCUUUCAUUACCUAUUGUCCAAAAACGAUAAAACUGAACUUCGCACCAGCAAAGGCUGAAAGAAUUUAAGGGUCCUCUUUUAAACCUCUUAGGAAUGUGAAUCCUGGGGCUGCUGCCACAUAGGGAUUAUUUUCUUUUCUGAAAUUCCUUCCUGCAUGCAGUAUAAAUCUGCUCUCUGCUGCAAAGGCAGUUUUUGUUUACCACCCGAGCUUAUAAAUUGGCACUCCUACUGGCAGCCUUUGUAACUGAACAAGAGUUGUGAGUUUGUUUCCUCCUGGCUGCUUAUAUCCCGCAAGUGAGCAAUAUUUUAUUUUGUAUAGCCAAGCAUGCUGGAGAUAUUUUUUUUUUAAAAAAGGAGCUAAUAAAUCCUUUUAAAAUGCAUUUGCCAAGCUAACUUAACUUUCCAUAGCAGACACAAGGAAAACAAUUUAGUUUUAGGGUCCCAGAAACAUGUCCUGAACUGCCUGCCAUUGACAAUAGGGAUUUUUAUGUUUUGAGAAGGAAAAGCAUUUGUAGGCUGUUUGUACUCGCAAUCUCAGAGCUGCCACCAUCACCUUAACAGAUCACAAAAUAAACCAGCUUCUAGCAUUCUCGUUUUCUGGGGACCAGCACUGCCAUUACUGGAGCAGUAAAUAAAAUAUAGUCUAUUUAUUUAUAAUGAUGAAAUGACUAUGCUCCCAGUUAUUUCCUUCCCCAUUUAUGAGAUUAUCUAGAAACUCUCUUAACUGUAUAGUAAAUGGAAGCUAUUUAUCUAUGAAUGUGUGUACAGAAGGAAGAGCAGCAGUAUCCAAAUCGGUCAAAUUAGAAGGAAAAAAAAAAAGAUUUUCACUUGCCAACAAUUAAAGUACAAAUUAACUUUGGGGACUCGAGAGGGUGUUGGGGAUUCAUAAACUGUGAUUUUUUUCCAUUUUCAUACAAGGGGCAGUUUUUAAAAAAUGUAUUCUAAUUAUGGGGGGGUUGUUGGUUCUCUUUUUUACACAUUAAAUCACACUAUUUCACUGCAGAUAUGAAGGAGCUUUGUAAAUUUUUUUAAGACAAUUGUAUAGAAUAGUUUGUUCUUUUUAAAAAAGUAGGAACAGAAUAAACAAUUAGCAAAUCUUUAUAGUUUAUGUAGUUGUUAUUUUGGACUUUUGUAGUUAAAGAAAAAUUAGAUGUAGCAUUUAGAUAUGUGUUCAAUCUUGUAUUGCAUUUUUCAAUAAAUUUUCAGGUAAAAAAAUGA